GACAGGGUAACGCCCACAUGCUACCUACUUCCACUAGUUUUUUCUGUUCCGUGGCUACUGGUAACAUCGUUAUGAUGGACACGUGAUUUUAAUCAGUCGCAUAAAGUCGAAUGUAAAGAGUAAAUGACAAUUUUAAUCACAGUGAUUAGUGACAACUGACAGUGUACUAGUUACUUUAAUUAGGUACUUGAUUUAGGAAAUAUUGAUAAAGUCAAAGAUUUAUCAAAUUAAUUGAUUUGGUAGGUAGGUGUGUAGUGUGCACUGUUAAGAAUUAAUAAGUAAUUAAUACUAUUGAUUCAAAGUUUUGAACGGAAUAUGAUGAACAAUUAUUAUUAGAAUCCUUGUUUAAAAUGUUUCGAACUCUCCUCAAAGUUAAAGAAUUAUCAAAGUGCUAUAAAAGUUUUUACAGAAGCAGGUAUAUUCAUACUACAUCAGCCCAAAGACAUGGAGAGUUUGAAUGGCAGGAUGCUAAAUCUGAAGAUGAAGUGGUCAAUGUAGUUUAUAUAGAUAAGGAUGGUAAAAAACAUAAUGUAAGAGGGAAAAUUGGGGACAAUGUAUUAUAUCUAGCACACAGAUAUGGCAUUGAAAUGGAAGGUGCAUGUGAAGCUUCACUGGCAUGUACAACAUGUCAUGUUUAUGUUCAUCACAACUACUUUGAUAAGUUGCCACAGUCAGAAGAAAAGGAGGAUGAUUUACUUGACAUGGCGCCAUUUUUGAAAGAAAAUUCUAGACUAGGUUGUCAAAUCACUCUUACAAAAGAUUUGGAUGGUGUAGAACUACAAUUGCCGAAAGCAACUAGGAACUUUUAUGUUGAUGGGCACAAACCAAAGCCUCACUAAUCUUAGUUUGACUGAUAUGUAUGAAGCUGAAGGAUGUGAUUUAUUCUUCUAGUUGAAUAGCUAUAAUCAAGCAGCUAAUCAUAGCAUGGUGUUGGUAACUAAAAUAAAUAUAUCAGCUACAGCUGUUUGUACACAAAUGAAACAAAGCUGAUACCUAAUAAAACUGUUUACACAGAGAAAUUGAAAAAAAAUCUACUUUGGAUAGAUUUUGUAUAAAAGAACCAACAGAUAAUGUUCUGCUUGAAUCAACCAGGCACCUAAUAUGUGAAGUGGCAAUAACUUGGAUGUGCUUUUUAAUGCUCUUCACAAUUAUUAUAAAAUGCUUUUUAGGCAAAUGAUGACAUAUUGUAAAUAUAUUUUAGAUGUAGAUAUUAGAUUUACUAUGUAUUAAACUGCAGUAUAUGCUUUCAACAUAAAA